AUGUGGACUCUACGGGCCCAAACGAUGCGCAUCGGGGAUGUGAUUUUAGAGGGAGUGCCGACACAGGAUAUGCUGGUGAUGAUGGAAAUGGAUGAGACGGAGAUCGAAGAGUUGGAUUUGGACUCGCCGAACUCGCAUAACCUUACCCUAUUGCAGCUACACAAUUUGAAGACUAUCGCCACCACCCUAUUGGUCGAUGGAUGCGGCGAUGAUUUGGAGAUGCUUUUGAAACAUAUCGUCACUGGGGGACAGGUGGUCAUUGAGUCGGACAGUCAACCAUUGUGCCGUCAAUUUCUUCUCUCGUUGACGAAUCUCUUGCCGCUUGGGUGCGCGAAAAUGUGUGGAUGGAGUGACGUGUAUCAGCAUCGAUUCAUGGUGAAUCUAUUGGGAUGUCCAUUGAACACGGAUAUCCCAUUGGAUGCUGAGGAAUGCCUUGUCAUUCGUCUACUCUCAAAUGGUUGUGAUGGAUUGCUUUUGGAUGGAACGAAUAUGGAGAUUCGUCGUCGUCCGCAAUUCGCCGCAUUGAUGCCGAAGAUUGUCCCUCGAUUCAAGCAAUUGUUGCUCGAUCCAGAGAUCGUGGACACGAUCCUCGAAACAACGCUCCGAUCAACUCGCGAGAAAUGGUUGGCUAAAGCCAAGCAGUUCUACCAACUGCAGCGUCAAUCGACGAAAAUCGGCUUCGACAAGGCCACUCAACUCGUCCGAGCCACCCCACAUGACAAGAUGGUGCUGAUCUUCUGGCAAGCGGGCCUCUCUCGUGCCUUCAAAGAACAUGUUCACGAGAUUAUUCGUGAACAAGAUCUUCUCAAUCAAAAAACGCCACAAAAUGGACAAUCGACUGCCUGU